AUGAGGUCACAGAAGAGGCAGUUGGGUUAGAAGGGAUUAUCAAAUCAUCUAGGAUAAGCAUCAUGACGGGAGGUAAACUGAGUCAAGCCAGAGAAACUGGCCUGAAAGAACAGAAGAAACCCCCCAAUACCACUGUGAAUCGGUUCCUGAGGUGGGUGCUGCCUGCUCCCUGUGCCCGGUUUUUAUGGCGAAAGCCAGGAGAGUUUCCUGUGACUGCGUUCCUGCUGGGAGCUGGCAUUGGAGGGCUCCUUUCUGUGGGUCUCACCCAUAUGCUGGUGACUCCCCUCAGCCUCUAUGAAGAACAGAAGAUGAUACUGAUGUACACCAUAGUGGGCCUGGGGGCUCUGGGCUGGGGCACGUCCCCCCAUAUUCGCUGUGCCAGCCUUCUGCUGAUCCCCAAAUUGAUGGGCAAAGAGGGAAGACUGCUGGUGCUUGGCUACAUACUGACUGCCAUGUACGACGGGCCCGUGACCAACCUUCGCCACAACAUGAAUGAAGUGGUCUUAUCUCUGGGCUGUACGGUCGAGAUGCAGAUCAACCAUACCCGAAUGGCUUGGAGAGUCUCCACGUCUCCUCUGCGAUCUGUAUUCAAGGAACUUCUGAGUAAAAAAGAAGACCUGAAAGUAGACACUCGCACUAUCUCGGAGUCCUUUAAAGAACUGGAUGCUCAAGUGGAGAGUAAUGAUGGCUUUGAAUCCGAUGCAUCUGGGGCCUCGGAGGACCAGGGCCCCACGGUGCGAAUGGGAUCAGAAGGCAUGAAGCCCUCCACGCAGAAGAUCUAUGAAUUCAAGACCAAACUUCGGUGCUUCUAUAUUGUGGAUAGAGCUGUUCGAAGCUGCCAUCGAUGGUUCGAUCACAAGCAUGCGCUUUGCAUGGAGAAGAUCAAAGUCCCGCUCCUAAACCAUCUGCUGUGCCUGCCCAUGACCUUCAAGUUCUUGUGCCGCAUCGCCUGGAUAAUGGAGCCCUGGUGCCGAAAUCGAAUCCCUGUGGAAGGCAACUUCGGCCAGACCUAUGAUUCGCUCAACCAAUCCAUGCAAGGGCUGGGGGGAGAGUUCUUUGCCCACAUAAAUGUCAAGAAAGAGAAUCAAACGGCACUCGUGGGUAUCAACGUGACCAAGGCCCAGCUGAGGGAGGAAGUGAAAGAUUACAUUGACUAUCAGGUGGUCCAGCUGGACCGCACCUUGGGGCUGCUUCGGGUCCUGCUCUCCUGCACUUUCCUCCUGGUUUUCCAGGCGGCCUUCUCCUACACGGACAACUAUAGCCGAGACAUCCGUUUUGACAAUAUCUACAUCAGUACUUACUUCCGCCAGAUUGAUGAGAGAAGGAAGAAGCUGGGUAGACGGAGUCUCCUGCCUCUCCGAAAAGCCGAGAAGUCCACUGUCAUUUUCCCCUACAAACUGACCAUCCAGGCAAAGGAGAUGAAGAAUGCGAUUCGGGAACUGGUGGAAUCCUUGCCAGUGGUGAUGCUGUUGCUGAUCCUAUGUGUGUUGGACUGGGCCUUCUACACCAUCUUUGACACCAUCCGCAGACACUCCUUCCUACAGUAUAGCUUCAGCAGCAGUCACCAUCUGGAAGUGAAGGUAGGGGGAGAUUCCAUGCUGGCCAGACUCCUAAGGAGGACCAUUGGGGCCUUAAACACAUCCUCUGAGAUGCUGAUAGAGUCAAGCAACAUAGGAAAGGAUACAAAUCCUGUCCCCAGAGCUGUUGCGUUGGAGGGGCUGUCAGAGAGGAUAAUUCUUCUGGAUGAAUUUUAUAUCCUGGGAUCCUGUCCUCACAGCUUGUCUGCCCAAGCCAGUAGGCAUGAACUCCCAAGACUACUUGAAGGUCUUUUUGCCUGCUGGCCUCCUGGUGCUCCUCUGCCUGACACAGGCCUACACCUACCGAUUCCGAAGGGUCAUUGCAGCCUUCUACUUCCCCAAGAGAGAGAAGGAGCGGGUCCUGUUUUUCUACAACGACCUUCUCAGGAAAAGGAAGGUCUUUACCAAACUGCGGCGGACUGUCAUCAUAAGGAGGGCCCAAAGGCAAGGGAGGCCCCGCCACCCUCUGGUAGACAUGUGUUACCACCGCUGCCUCUUUUUUCGGUACUUGCUGCGCAGGCGCUGCGUGGUGUGCUGGGCCUCCGAGACCGCGGAGUCCUGGAUCUGUCCGACUCCAGGCUGUGGAGCGGUGUACUGCGCCUCAUGCUGGAUAGACAUGAAGAAGAAAUGUCCAGCGUGCACUCCCCGCGACGAACUCUCCUCCUCUGCUUACAGCAACAGCUCGGACGACGCCAUCUACGCGGAGUGAGGGGGAGCCCCAGUUGCCCUAGUGUGGCCUCCCCCAUUGCUCACGUGCCCUGCCCUGCCCAGCCUGUCCUCUCUUCCAAACCCAGCUCAAUAAAGCUGUCUCCUCGCAAAGCCGUUCAGGUCAAACCGAGGAGGACCGGGUGGGGUGAAGGGUCGGCUGGGGUCUCAGAAAGGCGCCGCCUUACCAGUCCCGUCCCGUAG